AUGUCAGACAAUCUGUCGGCGCGGUGGCAUCGACUUCUCGACAUGACGAAUCGCGAUGCGUCGGAAGAUGUGGUGAUCGCGAGAUCGAGCUACGACGACUUCUCCCAGCCGACGCCGUGGCGCACUUUUGAGAUUUCCGCCGGAAAUCGGUCUUUUGAUUUUAAAAAAUUUGUUUUUGAAUUUUUUCCGAAUUUUUCGAAUUUUUUCAGCUUCGUAAACGCCGGCUGGCUCGCCGAGCUCUCACCAUACUUCGCCGAGGAGCUCUUUGUCCGAAAACCAAACUCCAAGCGAUACGUCAUCGAGCAGGCCACCCCAGAAGAGGUUCUAGAGCUCCUCAGAUGUAUUACGUUCUGCCCAAUGAGAAAGCCGCUUACAGUGAAAAACGUGUCGCUGGUGCUCACAUUCGCCAAUCGCUUCGAGAUGCGUCCGGUUCAGGCGCGCUGCGAGAACUUCAUCGCGUUGAACGCGACGACUCUCAGUCGUGACAAGACCAAACUGUUUCAGGUGACAUGUGCCAUGUCUCAAUGCGAUCCGAACAGCUCGACAAUGUCGGUGCUCGUCGACAAGUUGGCUGGAAUAAAGGAGGACGAACUGUCUCGUCUACACUUUGCUGAGAUGCCAGGCGACGUCGUCGCAGAGGUCUACGCUCAAAAGUUGCAGAGAACGAAAGAUAAGAAAUCGGCGAGAUACAUGGCCGCUGGCGAUGGAGAAGACUCGCCACCGGUUGGAUGUUGCUUCACAAAUCGGCGACUUUCAGAGCGAUUUUUAAAAUUUUUAUUUUUUUUUCAAUUUUUUAUUAAAAUCUAUUUUUCCAGUCAAUGGGCCACUUCGAUGUUGCGUCGUCGUCAUCGCCGUACUCAUCCAGAUGACCAAUCGAUUCUUCCACCAGCCAAUAUUCAAGAUUAG